UUAUAAUGUGAGGGUAUGUGGAAUAAAAGUCAUGAUCUGCAAGGAAGCUUUCGUAAGGUUUCAUGGCUUACAGAUACAUGCACGAAGAGUGAGGAAUUUGCAACAUCAAAUGAAGCAGGGAUUUGCAGUGCCAAAAGAAGAUGGAAGAGGAAAACAUGGAAACUACCCACAUAAAUUUCAAGACGAAGCUGUACAAAGUGUUAGAGAAUUUCUCAACGCCAUACCAAAAUAUAACAGCCAUUACAGUAGGCAACAGAACCCCAAUAGAGUGUAUUUGGAUUGUGAUAUCAGCAAGCACUGCUUCCUUAUUUCGAGAUAAAUACUCAGAAUACUGCAAGGAAAAGCAGGUUCCUGCAGUAUCUGAAAGUAAAUUCAGAGAAAUUUUCGUAUCUGAAUUUAACAUAGGCUUCAAACUACCAAUAAGUGACACCUGUUCAAAAUGUGAUGGAUUUCUAAUUACAAUAAAUAACUCAGAAUUAUGUGCAGAAGUCACAGAAAAGAAACAACAAUAUGAACUGCAUCUCAAAAAGGCUGACAGAGGACAAAAUAUGAUUGCGUCUUUAACUGCUCUGGCUAAAGAAAAUUCGAAAGAGCAUCAAAUGAUAGCAGUGGAUAUGCAGCAAACGUUCCCCACACCUAAGCUAACAGUUGCUCCAGCAUUUUACAAGAGGAAAAUACGGACAUACAACUAUGGUAUCCAUGACUGUGAAUCAAAUAAGGCUUAUAUGUUUCUGUGGAGCGAGAAAGAUGGAGGACGGGGUUCAGAUGAGUUUGGGAGCUGCUUAUUGAAGUACUUGGAGAUAACGAGUCCUCAGACAAAACAUCUCCAUAUAAUCAAAGACAACUGCAAGGGUCAGGCAAAGAAUUGGACUAUUAUUGCUUUGGAAAGGUUCCUUGUUGCUACCAAAAGAUUUGAUUCUGUCCAGCAUUACUUCCCUGUGCUUCUGAAGAAGACUAUAGGUGAAAAUCUGUUUUGUGGACAUAUCUAUGGUCCAAACAUUUUCUUAACUGAUGAUUCACAAGCAGAACAAUCUGCUAUUCUCAGUUCCUUUCCUUCAUCUGAAGUUCUGCUGUGCAUCUUCCACGUGCUCCAAGCUGUUUGGAGGUGGCUAUCAAAAAGAUCAUUAUACUGGCAGAAGUCAGCGAUAUUUGAUCCUUCUAUGGUCUGUGUGCUGGGGCUGGAGGGCCUUCAGAAUAAUUAA